CUAGCAUUUGCAAUUUGGUGACGAAGCUACAACACAACAACCUUUUUUUAUAAGCAUCCCGUCAAACAUUCGUCCCAACGUCACGAUUUUUACGUUGCGCCCGAGGUUUGCAGCCUCACGGAGAAUAUUUCAUCAUGUCUCUGGCGCAGGGCUCGCCUCGAUUGCCCAGUCCGCCGCCUCCCGCCGAAAUUCAACUCGGUCCCAAGUCACCAGGACUGGGUAGCACCGCUAGCCGCCAGCUACAACAGAUGGAACAAACCGUCGCUGAAGCGAACGCGAAGCGGCGCAUACACCCUGGCACCAAAUCUGAGGAUAUGGCUGCUGGUCCGCCUCUUGUCCCGCUCGGAGAGCUCGAUUCCGCUUUUCAACUCCAGGAGCAUCUAGCCUCCUUACAUUAUCAUCUUACCAAUUCAAAUACCACGCCAAUAACUCGAGCGGCCGCCAUGCAGUUGGCCACGUCACCUCAGGGUAUCGACCGAACGCUAUGGCUCUAUGAGCUCUGCCGAUUUCUAAUCGCCCAUUGCAACAGCCUCAUCGUAGGAUUUCUUUUUGAUACGCCGCCAUGUUCAUCCGCCACAUGUCCCGAGAUGCGCGCUUCCGAAUGGCAAUUCCUAUGCGCCGUUCACGACCAACCCAAGAGUUGCUGUGCCAUCGACUACUGCUGCCACACACUUGACUGGGCCGCAAAUGUCGUCACUAACCCCAAGAUCUUCCCUAGCCGAUUCGUUCUUGUUUCGGAUGGCCUUGAUAAGAGCUCUGUGCUGAAGAACCUUGUUAACGUCUUCCGUCGGCUCCAUAGAAUAUUCGCCCAUGCUUGGUUCCAACACAGAGGCGUCUUCUGGUCUGUUGAGGCCCAGACCGGGUUAUACGCAUUCUUCAAGACUGUCUGCGACAUGUACGACCUCUUGCCCGCUGAGAACUACAAGCUCCCACCGGAAGCGGAGGGUCUAGAACCAGUUCCAUCUGAAAAGCAAGAUAGGAACUCGAUAAUAACCGCUAUUGCAAAACCACCCCCGCAACUUGAGAGUGCAGAGCAUGACAGUCUGCACGCCCGCCGAACCAACACAGCUAGGCAUUCGAGCAGACCGUCAACAGGUAGUGCCGUAACGACUGUUAUCGAAGAGCGAGAAGAUGACCAAGACAUGGCGAACAAGCUCAAGGGCAUGCACAUUUCUGCCCCAGAGACAGUAGAGGAGGAGUCUGAAGUUGAAGUGCCUGUCAUUGUAGAAGGCGAGUUGAUAGAAACGUCUUCUGUUAUUGAGGCAACCGAAGCACCCCAGCUACCCGAACUAUCCGAAUUGACCAAUGCACGCUCCCAAGGCGUCAAGAUAGAUGUUCAAGAAGAUGUACCCGUGGAGCCAGAGACAGAAACGGAUACAGAGACGGUUGUAGAACACGCAGAGGAGCAAGCCGAAGUUAGCAAAGAGGAGCCUCUUAACCACGAACAAUCUGUCGAAGAGAAGAUUGAAGAACCUACUACAAGCACGGAGGAACAAGAGAUCGAAACAGAAGAAGACAACCAGAAAACGGACGUGACUACUGCCGAGCAGCCUGCAUCUCCCAAAAUAGAACCCGCCCAAGAACCCGCAGAGACGAAGGAGAAAGCAGAAGCCAAGGCAGAGACGGAAACGGAAGAGAACGCCAGCCAAGAAGAAGCUUCCAGCGUUAAUGACAUUGCGGCAGAGUAGGACUUCGCAACCGACCUGGAGCGAUUCGACGAGAUGGACACGAAUGCCAUAAACGAGAUUGCGAGGCGCGCUGAAGGAACCCUCAGAAGUCUUCGUCGUCAGUGGCAGAUCCGCGACCCCAGCGUCGAACACGACGCCUCCCUCGACGAACGGACCGACGUAGCCUUCGGACACGUAGAAACCAUUGUUAGGAGAUUGGGCGAGAUCAU